AUGUUUUGGUCGUUGUUGCAAAGAAUGGACCUGUACAAGGAAUUGGACGUCUUGUACAGAGAAACCGAGUUGUUGAUCAGACUUCCAACAUUCUGGUUGAUGACAGAUUCGUUAUGUUUGGACCGCGGCGAUGUUUCGAACUUGGCCACUAAUUUGAGGGAUUUGGAACUGGAGGGAGAAGAGUCCUUCCUAUCCUUCUUGUGCCGUAGAUCAAGAGACAUCAAAUUGCUGGCCGACGGGAAGUAA